GUGGCCUGAAGUCCGAAGUUGCUCCACAUGACACACUGGCGACCCCUCUUCGUCAGUGAAACGCCAUUUCGAAGCUGCAAGAAAGCUUUGGAGGCGCGUUCCGUGCUCUAGCCCUAGCCGUAGCUCUCCUUCUUCCGGUCUCUAUUCUACCACUCGGCGUAUCUCCGGCGGGAUUAGGGUUUUCUCCCCGCAUGGCGACCGUCGCAGCAGCAAUCAACCAGGUCGCCGGACCCAAAACCCUAGACGCGUCUCUCUGGUGGGACUCCUCCUCCGAUCUUCUCAACGAUCUCGAACGCCUUUCUUCUUCCGACUCUAAUGUCGCUCCCUCCCUGGCAAACAGGCUGAAGAUCAACGGCAGAUGGUUACUGGAGACGGUUGCUUUAUUCAAGCCCCCGAAUCCUGCGUCUAAAGAGGCUUUGAACGCGACGAGCGUGAAUCUUGGCUCGCACAAUGUAGUCAUUCGACCGGAACUGAGAAAUCCAGCCAUUAAAGUUAGCGACUGCCUGGGCUUGGAUGAAUUGCAGUCGUAUUUGCUUCUUAGCCGGUUCCUCGAGUCCAACAGUGUAUUUGAAGUCAAUAAGAUAGAAGAAUACACACAUUUGGUUCUAGUUUCAUACUAUCAGGAGCGGCAGUGUCUGCUGAAGUGCCUCCGUCAGAUUCUCAUGCUUGCUCUGUCAAUACCUUCUGACCCAAAGGGAAAGUCAUUUUUUCUGGAGGAAGCUCAGCAUCUGGUUGAUGAUGGCUUGGAAGAAAAAAUAUUUACUAAUUUUCUUCUACUUGUUUCAUCAAAGCAUCCUGAAUUUAUGGCUGUAGAGUUUGUGAAUCUGUGGGCAGAGGAGACCUUAAUUGAAGUUGUCCUGACAUUGGAGAUCUUGUUCCUACUAUACUAUGAGCCCUUCCAUAGGUGCAGUGCUAAAAGAUGGAAGAAUUUGUGCUCACUCUUCAAGGAUAUACUAUCUGGAUCACAAAAUAUUGAAAAGCUGGCUGUAUCAGCAGAAGCAGCGGAGUCGUUAUCUCAUGUUAAAAUUCAACUCUUUCUUAUUCUUCUCGAAGCUUUAGAGCUUGAUAACCUUCUUCAAAUGGUUCACAAUGAAGUGCCAUUCAGGCAGGGGAACUCUACGUUUUCCUACAGUGAACUGCUAGAGAUGGAUACGAUGAUUUCAGGCUUCAAUCCAUCCGAGACUGCGGAAGCGGGUCCUUUGUUCCUUUCUUGGGGCAUUUUUCUUUGCCUUAUCUCCUCACUUCCGGAGAAGGAUGAUUCUGUACCAAUUCUGGAUGUUGAUCAUACUGGUUAUGUUCGCCAAGCCUUUGAAGCUGCACCUCUAGAAUUCUUCCUUGAAAUAUUACGUAGUAAUAUGCUGAAGGAUCUAGAUGCUCUUGUUAUUGGAUACCGAAGUGUGUUGAAAACCUGCAUUGCGGCCUUUAUUGCUUCUUAUGAUUUAGAGGACAAUGUUCAAACUAUAGUUGUCGAUGUCCUUUGUGAAAUCUAUCAUGGGCAGGGGACACUUUGUAUGCAAUUCUGGGACAAGGAUAGUUUCGUUGAUGGUCCUAUUCGAUGCCUCCUAUUGUCUUUGCAAGAAGAAUUUCCGCAAAGCACAAUAAAGUUAGUUCGCUUAUUGUCUGCACUUUGUGAAGGCGAAUGGCCUGCAGAAUGCGUGUGUAAUUAUUUAGAUAAAAUUGCCAGCAUAACAAUGAAUUUUGAGGUAUCAGGUAAUUAUAUUCGAGAAGACUUCCAGGUUCUUCAGGCACAACAACCAAUUGCUGUCCCUGGGAUUGAGGGUCUUGUUAUUCCUACUGGAACCAUGGGACAAGUUUUGAAGGUCGGUAGUGACAAAGUUGCUUUAGUGCGCUGGGAGUUUAUGCACUCCGGAAUGUUGAUACUGCUUUUGCGGUUGGCAUGUAUAUUUCGUGUCGAAGACUAUGAUGAAGCUUCAGCUAUCUUGUACCUGCUUGGUUGCUUGUUCUCUUCUAACAAGGCUGUUGCCAGUUAUUUGAUGGGGAUUGAAAAGUCUGCAACUGUUCGAGCAGCAAAAAUGGAUGGACAUUUGGAUAAAAAUGUUAGGAUUGAUUUAGUGAAAAUCAUUUGCAAGAUGCUCGAUGACCUUGUUUCAAGGGUUAGAAAUACUUCACUUUUGUCUUUAUGUGUCACAAGCUUGACAAAGUUGUUAACAUGCUGUCCCCAUCGAGUUUUAUCUGAUGCACUUAAAACAAAAAUUUUUGAGCUUGGAGUAACUAGCUCAUGCAGUGGGUUAUGGUUACUUUCUGGUGGCACUGCUAAAAUUCCAUCAGUUUUGGUUGUUCCAGAUCAGGAAUCUUAUCCUUUGAUUGUUCCUGUUCUUGAUUUGAACAUGCAGUUGGUAAAAGUAGGUGUGGAAGAUGAAGCAGUAUCUGCAUUCGUAGUUUUCUGCCUACGGUAUGUCUUAGUUAAUCACGAAAAUUGGAAGUAUAGCACAAAGGAUGAAUAUUGGAAAGUGAAAUUGAAGGUAUUUGAUGUUUUGAAGAACUGCCUUGUCCUGAAGGAUGUUAGGAAACUAGGUUCUGUUAUCCGCAACAUUUUAGUCUGCGACUCGUCCAUGCAUGGUUUUCUUCUUCAGAUGUUAUGCACAACAGCUGAUAAACUGGAGAAGUUACACAUGAACCGCCUUUACAGACCAAAGGAGAUAGAAGGGUUAGAAGUAAUUAUUUGCUUGGUGUUGGAUAUCAUGCAGCUGAUGCUUUCUGAUGUUGAGGUGGAAAAUACCAGCUUUCCUAUUUUUCAGCAAGCAGUAUUACGAGCCACAUCUAAGCCUGUUACCAUUGUAUCCGCUGUGUUGGCUUUGGCUUGCUUUCGCCGGAAUUCUGCGAUCCAAGUAGCUGCAGCUAGAGUGCUUUCGAGGCUAUGUGUGCUUGCCGAGAAGGCAUAUCCACAUUCAGUUGGAAUUCUAAGCUUUGUUUCUAAUGACCAUGAGGUUAGAAAUUUGAGUUGUGCAAUUUCUGAUGCAAUAUCUUCAUCAUUACCAGAUAACAAAGAUUCAGAAUUACCAGAGAACAAGGAUUUGUUUCUUUCUAUGGUUGAACUUCUAAUAUCUGCAACUAUUUAUCAGGGGGUUAUGCUGAUGAUGACCUACAAGGUGGCGGAGGUCAUUGGCUUAUACUUGGGCUGCAUCUCUUGGCAUAAUGUGCCAGCUUUCCUUGCCUCUUUGGUCUUUCUAGGGGAAGAUGCUUUUAAAGUUUCAGCCGACUGUGAAACUGAUGCCCUUGGAAUGAAGCGCCUGGAAUCUACCUCUCCGAAACUGUUUAGGUCCCAGGACCAAAGAAGCUUGAUCAAUUCUGUUCUCAAGUAUAUUGUAGGAGCGAACGAUCUCAUCAAAAGCCAUCCUGAAUUUCUGUUAAAAGUGCUUCAGUUUUUGAGGGCUCUAUGGCGUGGGGGUACACAGUAUGUGAAGAUACUGGAGAUGCUAAAAGAUUCCAAAAUGUUUUGGAAGCAUUUGUCUGCGCCUAUAAUGAUCAAGUUUGCUAACCAGCCCUCAAUCAAGAAAAUAGGUCGUGAUGGAUCUCUUCAUCUGGCAUAUGUUUAUCAAUGUCAGUCUACAAUUCUGUGGAUCAUGUCUUGUGAUGCCCUUUGGAAACAAAAAUUGUCAAAUAACGGGACACACCCAAAGGAUGUUGCUUCAUCUGAUGGAAAGAAUGGUGGUCAUGGUAGCAUCUCAACAAGUGGGAACAAUCUUACCAAUAUUGAACAUAUUAUAUCAGAAUGGCACAAGGAGUCAUCAAUUACCAGUUUGAUCAAAUCCUACGUACCUUCUGCUUAUGAUAAAAAUACCAUUGUCCAGGCCAAGAUGGCUGGAAGUAUAUGCAUUGCACAUUUAAUUAAAAAACAUUUUGCUGGUGAAGUUGGCUGUUUGUCUCUGACAUCUGUUAACAAGAUUCAGAAGAUAGCACAAAAGCUAACCGAACAACCCAUGUUUCUUGAACUGCAAGCUCAGCGCAGGUUGGAUAAUUUAGGUUCAAUUGCUGAUCUGAAAGUACAAAUAAUGAGUGAUCUUUGCCACCAUAUUCAUGGGGAGUUGGACAUGCUGCAUUUUUCUAUUGGCCCCCUGAGAGAGCUCUCACAAUUUCUCCUGCAGUUGAACCCUUGGCAGUCCAAUAACCUUAAACAUCCUCACGCUUUUCAACAUCUUGACCAUGCUAAUUACCUUUUCGACACCACUGGGAUACAUACUGACCUAGGGUUGGACUCUUGGCUUACAUCGGACUGGAAGGAGUCCAAGGCGAUUGCAGAAAAUAUGUUAUCAUGCAUGGAACAUGCAAAUCUGAUGGCAUUUGUUUCAGAUUCUCAGGUUGCUGCACUGAGAUCUUUGACAUUGCUUUUGUGCGUAUACAAGGGAAAUAGUCAGAGUUACUCCUUGCAGCUGGCAGAAGCUAAAUUAAUAACAUAUGAUCAAUCUUCUUCACGAGCAUUCAUGGAGUCAUCUGUUGAAUAUUUGUGCAAAUUUUCUCAAACGGCUGACAUUUUGGAGUACAGUUAUGAUAGCACAGAACAAAGUAUUUUGGAAGCACAAUCAGAAAUCCUUCUGCACCUUGUUAGUGGUCUGUACGAUCAAGUUUCAUCAUCUAGUGAUAGGAAACAUGUUCUAUCACUAUGCCUCUUGGUCAUCAAGUCUGCAGCCUCAAACCUCAAAGCUUUAGUUGAUGUGAAGUCGGUCUCUGUUGUGCAGAAAAAAACAGUCAAAUAUCUGCUCACACUGAUUUUGCUCUCUGCUAAGUUCAUUAAAUCUCUUGAUCUGGUAAAGCCGACUGCUGUUGCUGGUUAUGCUUUAGGUGAAACACCAAUGGUGAGUUUGGGGCUGUUGCCUGUUCUUUGCAGAGCUGUUGAAAAUGCAGAAUACUGUGACCUCUCUUUGGCUACGAUAGAUGUCAUAAUAAGUGGCUUUUUGGCUUCCAACUCGUGGCUUCCUGUAUUGCAGAAGCAUUUACGACUUCACCACAUAAUGCAGCUUCUUCAGCAAGUCAACUCUUCUGCUUCUAUUUCCACAACCUUGAAAUUCCUUCUGACAUUAGCACGUGUUAGAGGUGGUGCCGAGAUGCUUUGGCAAGCCGACUUUAUAUCAUUUCUGAAAGUACUGCUCAGCUCUUUGGAGACCAAUAUGUAUUUGCCAAACUCUGGGAUAAGUAAUGGUUUUUUGGGAAUUUUCAAAGAGAAAGGGCAUGAUCACAUAUGGGAACUUGGCAUGGCUGUUCUUGCUGCUAUGAUCCAUUCAUUAGGAGAUGAUUCCUCCUCCAUGGCAAUUGUGGAAGAAGCUACAUCAUUUUUUUUCCUAGAAAAGCCUCAUUUAAUAUCUUGCCUGUGUGCUCCUCAUUUUGCCACAGAUGAUCAAGACAAGAAAAGGGCCAGGAUCCAAAAAUCUCAAACUUCCUUGGUGGCUUUGAAAGAAACAGAGCACACUCUUAUUUUAAUUUGUGAGCUUUCUAAACACCCAGCAUGGUCAAAAACAAUGUCCCUUUUAGAAUCACAGCUCAGGGAGAGAAUUAUCCAUCUCUUAGCCUUUAUUAGCAAGGGAAUACAGAACUUCAGUGAAUCUCUAAAUAAGAUGUCAUUUUUCUGUCCUCCAACUCUGAAAGAGGAGAGAGAGUUUUGUACAAAGCCAUCAUCUGUUCAGAGCAAGUACGGCUGGUUGUCAAUUUCUGCUAGAUGUUCUUCAAUAAAGGAUAAAACACUGGCGCUUCCAUGCAUAAAACCUGAUGGAGUUCAGGGCAAAGCUGGUGGAGAGAUUGAAUCAGCGUUUCAUACAUAUUUUUCUUAUCUUACUGCCAUUCAGAUAUAUAGGAUCUCAGCUCUACUCUUGAGAUUUUUGUGCAUGCAGGCUAUAGCUGCAGCUAAGUCAGCCGAAGAUGUCGGGUUAAUUGACUUUGCUCAUUUUCCUGAGCUCCCUAUGCCUGAAAUAUUGCAUGGUUUGCAGGAUCAGGCAAUUUCUAUUGUUACGGAGUUACUUGAAAGCGAGAGGGCAACUGUUUCCCCGGAUGUUCAGACUAUGUGUCUUUUGCUGCUACAGAUAAUGGAGAAGGCAUUAUAUCUUGAACUUUGUGUCUCUCAGACUUGUGGGAUGAGACCAGUUUCUGCAAGGGUUGAAGAUUUCUUCAAGGAAAUUAAAGGUUUGAUUAAAGCAUCUGAAGGGCAUAAAUUCUUAGAACCAUCAUUGAAGUGUGUGAAGCAGAUAAUAGUGCUUAUAUACCCUGAGCUGUUGCAAGUGGAUGGAAUCUCAUGGUAGCAGUUUGCUUGUGCCACAUCACUGUAGUAUUUGGUUCUCUUGCUAUCUCAACAAGUUGUAGCAAGUACUAUUUCAUCUAUCAAGGAACCCUCAUUGUCCUUCAGGUUCCGGGCCACCAGACCCCAUGAUCAGUGGCGCCACCAGCGAAGGCGGGCUGUGGGCAGUGGCAGAACUAGAACCAGAACCAGAAAUUUGUGGGUAAGGAGUACUAAUUCAAAAAACUUUGGACAUGUUUUUCACUGCUGACCAACUGCUGAGGAAGCCGGUGUACUCUGCCUUUGAUUCUCUCGGUACCAAAGCUCCUUUUCCUGGAGUACAAGGUAAAGAAAAAGAGUGAGUAGCUGCUUUUCAGUGACCUGUAUAUUAUUCUUCUUUUUCCCUUUCCGUCCAGAGUGUACCAUUUUGUAAUGAGAUCUGGCUUCUGUAUAAAAGAAGGUAAUUUUUUA